UCCAGGUAUUUUUUUCUGAAGGAAAGCUGCUUCCUCUUAUGCUUCAAGAAUGGCUCUCCCUAUCGUCGUAAAAUGGGGGGGACAGGAAUAUUCAGUGACCACACUUUCAGAAGAUGAUACUAUGCUAGAUCUCAAACGGUUUCUUAAGACCCUUACGGGAAUGCUGCCAGAACGCCAGAAGUUACUUGGACUCAAAGUUAAAGGCAAACCUGCAGAAAAUGAUGUUAAGCUUGGAGCUCUCAAACUGAAACCAAAUACUAAAAUCAUGAUGAUGGGAACUCGUGAGGAGAGCUUGGAAGAUGUCUUAGGUCCACCCCCUGACAAUGAUGAUGUUGUCAACGACUUUGAUAUUGAAGAUGAAGUAGUUGAAGUAGAAAAUAGGGAAGAAAACCUACUGAAAAUUUCCCGCAGAGUAAAAGAGUGCAAAGUGGAAAUUUUGAAUCCUCCCAGGGAAGGGAAAAAGCUUUUGGUACUAGAUGUUGAUUAUACAUUAUUUGACCGUAGGUCUUGUGCAGAGACUGGAGUAGAAUUAAUGCGGCCAUAUCUUCGUGAAUUCCUAACAUCUGCAUAUGAAGAUUAUGACAUUGUUAUUUGGUCUGCAACAAAUAUGAAGUGGAUUGAAGCUAAAAUGAAAGAGCUGGGAGUGAGCACAAAUGCAAAUUAUAAGAUUACCUUCAUGUUGGACAGUACUGCUAUGAUAACAGUGCAUACUCCAAGGAGAGGAUUAAUAGAUGUAAAGCCUCUUGGUGUUAUAUGGGGAAAGUUUUUGGAGUUUUACAGCAAAAAAAACACCAUUGUGUUUGAUGAUAUAGGAAGAAAUUUUCUAAUGAACCCGCAGAAUGGACUAAAGAUAAGACCUUUUAUGAAAGCACACUUAAAUCGAGAUAAAGACAAAGAACUUUUAAAAUUAACUCAGUACCUCAAGGAAAUAGCAAAAUUAGAUGACUUUUUGGAGCUAAAUCACAAAUAUUGGGAAAGGUGUCUCUCAAAGAAGCAAGGACAGUAG